GCAAAGAAAAAUGGCGGCGCCCUUGUAAAUGUCAUGUUGUUGAGCUCCGCGGUUUUGUCGGUGAAAGCUGGUCAUCAUUUCUGAUAAGUCAGAGAAAUUCAGACGCUUUUCUUCAAAAACAGAAGUACAGUAACUACAUGCAGCGCGCGGAUAUCUGAGGGAUAGAAACACCAUGGUCCAUUUAACAUCAUUAUUACUCAAAAAAUACCAUGGAGGUCAUGUGGUCAUCCGACUGGCACUUGGGGGGGCCACCAACAGACCGUUCUACCGCAUAGUGGCUGCCUACAACAAACGGGCACGUGAUGGCAAAUACAUAGAGCAGCUGGGAUCGUAUGACCCUCUUCCAAACAUCUACAACGAAAAGCUUGUCAGCUUCAACUACGACAGAAUUAAGUACUGGAUGGGUUGUGGAGCUCAUCCAACCAAACCUGUGGCCAAACUUUUAGGACUGGCUGGAUUUUUCCCCUUGCAUCCCAUGACAAUAACAGAGGCAGAGCGUCAGAGAAAAGCAGCUUUGAAAGACGAAGUUAAAGCGCAGAAUGAAGACCAAGAAGAAAAACAGGCAGAGCAGUAGACUGUCUUUACUGUCAUUGCCUAAGCAGCACCUGCUUUGGGUUAUUAUGUCAAAUGAACUGUUCUUACACUGUCAAAAUAAUGUUACCCUGUCAUGUCUUUGUACCAUUCUGAAUGGCUCUUAGUGUUCUUGUUGCCCCAGAGCUCAGGUCAGAUAUGCUGUGCAUUUAGAGCUGUUCUCUCCAACGUGAGAAAAUAAAGGUUGUUUUAUGUUGCUACUAACUUUCCAAUGGAAGUUUAAAAUGUAUCUUUUUUUUUGUUGUUUUUUUAAGUCUCGCUGUUUCACACUCUAGCACUGUCACUAUACAGCGUUCAAUUCCCCGGCUGGGCGACCAGGGUCCUUUCUGUGUAGAGAACAAAUUUGUUACAUGUAAGAAGCCUUCUAAUAACUACAAUGAAUAACAAUGUCCUAACAUCAAGCGGCAUGAAUGAGCAAUAACAACAAAACCAAAAUGCUACCAUUGUAAUCAAUAAAACUGUUUAUACCACCCACACACGGUA